CCUCGAGGAAGAAAGAUUUCCCAAGUUGGCUCCCAAGUCAGCAGAGAGGGGAAUGGGGAUAGCCUACUUUCAGCUCGGUUUUAGCUACUUGUUUUGAUUUUAUUUCAAGGUUGCUUUUUGCACAAAGGAUAUUGUAUUUUAAAAAGUGACGAAACGGAAGGUAGAAAAUGGGCAAAAAACAAAAAGAAGAGCAGCCUUCGGACUCCGGCUAUGGAGAACCUGCUCAGUUUGACCCUACCUUCGCAGGGCCCAUAAACAAAAGAGGCUGCACCGAUAUCAUCUGCUGUAUUCUGUUUAUGGCAGUCAUCGUCGGCUACAUGGUAGUUGGGAUUUUAGCUUGGCUCUAUGGAGAUCCUAGACAUGUUCUUUAUCCACGAAACUCAACUGGAUGGUUCUGUGGCAUUGGAGAAAACAAAGACCGACCCAACGUAUUCUACUUUGACAUUCUGAAAUGUGCCACAACUGUCAAUGUCAUGGCAGCUGCUCUUGAUGGUUUUCAGUGUCCCACUACACAGUUGUGCGUGGAGGAAUGCCCCAACAACUUUUGGGCUGUGAAACUGACUGACUAUUCAAAGACAGCCAAAGAGGUUUUUAAUCAAAGCCUCUGUGUGCCGUCAUUAGACCUGGCAACGACCGAAUUGUCUGUUCAAGAAAUUGUGAGCAGAGAGCUGUGUCCUUUCUUCUUCACCCCCACAACCUCUUUACUGGGAAGAUGUUUACCCAAGAUCUCAGAACUGGAAAACAUUCCUUCAUACUUUGCGAAUGUUCAAGGUUUGCCCUCCACCAUCAAUGAAACAGCCAAUGCCAUCAAAAAUGGCACUGGGGACAUUGUGAACAGCUUCAAUAUCAGGGAGAUUGGAAUCCGAAUCUUUGAGGAUUUUGCGUCGGCAUGGCCCUGGAUCCUCAUUGGUCUGCUAAUAGCCAUGAUUGUCAGUUUGCUGUUCCUGUUGCUGUUGAGAUUCACCGCUCCUGUCAUGGUGUGGCUGCUGAUCAUAGGAGUACUGGGAGUCGGCGCCUAUGGGAUAUGGCACUGUUACUGGGAAUACAGUAACUACAAGGCAAAUUCUGCUACCAUUAGUGAAAUUGGCUUCACCACCAACUUUGAAGUGUACCUGCAGGUCCAAGAGACGUGGCUGGCCUUCUUGAUAAUUAUAUCUGUGGCGGAGGCGAUCAUUCUCCUGACCGUCAUCUUCCUGCGGAAAAGAAUCCUCAUAGCCAUUGCUCUCAUCCAGGAAGCCAGCAAGGCAAUCAGUUACAUGAUGUCUUCCCUGCUGUACCCACUGUUUACUGCUGUACUGCUGCUGGUGUGUGUGGCUUACUGGGGUGUCACUGCUCUAUAUCUGGCCACUUCAGGGGGCCCAGUGUACAAAGUGGUGGCUCUCAACUCCUCUCAGGGGGACUGCAUGAGUAUUAAUGGCACUGUGGACUGUGAACCUACGACCUUCAACCCCUCAGAGUAUAGCCACUGUCCAUCAGCCAGCUGCAUAUUCAUCAAAUACAACGACGAGGGCCUGCUUCAGAGGAACCUCUUCAACCUGCAGAUCUACAAUGUGGUGGCGUUCCUCUGGUGUGCCAAUUUUGUCAUCGCCCUGGGACAGUGCACGCUGGCCGGAGCCUUUGCCUCCUACUACUGGGCCUUCAACAAACCAAAUGAUAUUCCCAUGUUCCCUGUGUCGGCUGGCUUUAUGCGCUCACUGAGGUACCAUGUGGGCUCCUUGGCAUUUGGUGCUCUGAUCCUGACUCUGGUCCAGGUAGUGCGGAUCCUCCUGGAGUACAUUGACCACAAAACCAGAUCGGCGCAAAAUGCCUGUGCCCGUUUCCUCAUGUGCUGCUUGAAGUGCUGCUUCUGGUGUCUGGAGAAGUUCAUCAAGUUCCUCAACAGGAACGCAUACAUCAUGAUCGCCAUUUAUGGGAAAAACUUCUGUGUCUCAGCCAAAAAUGCUUUCAUGCUGCUCAUGAGAAAUGUCAUAAGGGUGGUGGUGCUGGAUAAAGUGACAGACCUGCUGCUGUUCUUUGGGAAGCUGCUGGUGGUAGGAGGAGUGGGCGUGUUGUCCUUCUUUUUCUUCUCUGGACGAAUACUGCUACCCGGCAACACCUUCCGCUCUGAAACCCUCAACUAUUACUGGAUGCCAAUCAUUGUGGUGGUGAUUGGGACAUACCUCAUCGCACAUGGAUUCUUCAGUGUGUACAACAUGUGUGUAGAUACACUCUUCCUCUGCUUCUUGGAGGACUUGGAACGGAAUGAUGGAUCAAUGGGAAAGCCAUACUUCAUGUCCAAAAAUCUGAUGAAGAUCCUCAACAAAUCCAACAAGAGACCAAAAUAGGGUAGAGGCAAGGAUUGCUGAACACUAAUUCCCUUUACCAACGAUUAUGGAGUCAUAUGUCAUAUGACUAGCACAGAGAUUUUUAGGUUUAUUUAGAUCACUGUUAUUGUUUUCCUUUAACACUCCUGCUGUUUUCAGCCAUGUUUACACAAACUUGAUUACUGUUUUUGCACUUUAUCAUUAAUGAUUUUAUUGCGUGCAUAUAUGGCAUGAAUGAUUGUACAUAUCAAAGGUCUGCACAUGUGAGAUUAAGCAAUGUGAAGUGCUGCAUAGUAUCCUACAUUAUGCUGGUUAGUUUAAAUUUCACAGUGCAAUUUCACUUGGCUUAAAAGUAACUAAAUGUGCCAAGAGAUAUUUUAAAAAGGAUUUUAAACAUUUUUUUCCUGUCAUGUGGUUCAACAAAAGCAUUACAACUUCACUAUGGACAUUUUGGAAUUUAACACCGAGAUGACCAGCAGGCUUUAACACCAUGUGUUAUGAUUAAACUGAGGCCAGUUAAUCUUUGUCAAAUCCGUGAAAACCAGUAGAUAUUUGGGUUUCAAUGGAAAGAGGGUUUUUUGUGGUUAGGUUCUAGAAAGUGUCUUGCAUAUCUUUUACAGAGCACUGGUAAAGUGUGAAUCAUUCAGGUGGAGCAAACAAAAAUAGAAUUUGUACAAUAAAUGCAACUUUGCCUGUUAUUCUCCCAAAGAAAAUUCCCAACUGUAGUCAGCAGCUGUGUUUAUAUCCUACCUGGUGCUAGCAUCAAGACUGCAGCCAAGCUAGUAGCCAGCAGUGCUAACAGCAUGCAGGGUCAAGGCUGGGUUAUAGACUGAGCCAGUGGGGCCAGUGCCUCAGGGCCUUGGACUGCCUGGGGGCCCCCAAGCCUCAGGCCACACAUGACGUGUGGCCCAAGACAUUCCUUAUGCCUGUGCCUUACCCUUACCCUAACCCUAACCGAAACCAAUUAGCCUAAAUGUCCAUUCAAAAUAUAUAUUAAAAAAAAAAAAAUUGCCAUUCUUGGAAAAAAAUAUUUAGCUUUGCAGAUCACAAUGUUAUUGUCCUACUUCCACAUUACAGACAGGUCAGAUAUUUUUGAAUGUUACUUAAAUGAGGGAGCCUCCAUAAUUAUAGACUACCAUUAGUUCUGCAUUGCCACCACCACACCAGUUAAGACUUUCAAAAAAUGUCCAAACUCCAGACCCUGGGUCACCCUAUUUUAAUUACAGUUUAAGAGAAAAACAGGCUUUCAAUGGCAGGAUUAGGUUUCACUCAAAAUUAUAAGCUGUUAUCUCCAAUGAUUGACCCCCGCCUCAUUUUCUGAGGACUAAACACCUUCUACAUGAGGUUUUGACACCAUCAACUGCUCAGAGGAAUGUGAGCUCUCUCAAAUCUUCUUGGAAUUCUGUAGGACUUCAGUGCCCAUCCUGUGAAAAAUAUCCGCCGUCAUACCGGUGCCCAAGAAACUCCACCCCUCAGAACUAAACCAGUACCAGCCCGUUGAACUUACCUCAAUGGUUAUGAAGUGCCUGGAAAAACUGGUGCUUAACAUCAUCCAUCCAGUUGUUGGAACACAAUUGGACAACCAUCCGUUUGUCUUUGAGGCCAAAAGGGGGACCAUGGAUGCUUUGGCAUGCCUCCUUAACUCCCUCCUACAACACCUAGAAUCACCCGUUAACUUUCACUAGACUCCUCUUUAUCAACUUCAUUUCUGCUUUCAACAACAAUCAGCACCACCAGAUGAUCAGGGAACUCCACCCCCUCAGUGUUCCCCCAUUCCUCAUCCACUGGGUACACAGCUCUCUCAGCGACAUAACCCAGCAGUUAAACUGGCCACUGUAACAUCCUCAACCAUCAUCCCCAACACUGGAGGCCCAAAAGGUGGUGUCCUGAGCCCCUUCCUGUUUAUCUUGUACAGCAACGACUGUGUCAGCCCCUCACCCAACACCACAUACUUCAGAUACUCUGAUGACGCAGCCAUACCUGACUCCUUAAUGACAAUAACUCUGUUUUAGGCAAUCAAGACUCCAUCUCCCACUUUAACUAAUAGUGCAUGAACAAUUUCCUGCAGAAAUGCUAAUUAACACUUCCAGCACCCACAACACAGCCCACAACUCUACCUUCAACCCCACUUGCAUCAGUAAUGAAACUCUUGGGAUAGUGGAGUGCUUCACAUAUCUCAGACUCACCUUGGACAAUAAGCUAAGCUUUGAACAACACACUGACAUCCACAAACUUUGCCAGCAAAGACUCUCUUCCAUCUGCAAACUCAAAGCACUUUGUUUCCCCCCCACCUUCUAUUGCUGCUCAAAAGUAUGCUCUUCAAAAUUUUCUAUUAUUCCCUGUCUCUCACAUUAACCACCCCCAACCUCUUAGAUCUCAACAGCAAAGCCAUUAGGCUACACUUAAAGAACGUACCGCAUCACAUGACCCUAGGCACCCUCUUGACCUAGUCCUCACACUGCUCCCAUUUGGCCGCAGAGACAGAUCCCAGCUCUGGAAAUGAGCAUGCUGUGGCAGGAGUUUUAUCCUCACUGCAACAGCAUCAUUAAAUGAAACACAAAUGUCAGGUGUAUGGAUGCUGUGUAUAUAGAUUGUGUGUAUAAAUGUGCUUAUAUACUGUAUGGAUGUAGUCUUGUGGUGUUGGCUGUAUGUGUCUGGGUGUGUGUUUAUGCUAGGCUUUAUACAGACUGUGACAAAAAAAUCCUAAAAAGGGACAAUGAAGAAUCUAUCAUCGUUAUCACACCUUUUUAUGUGUUUUUAUUUGUAAAAUGUAAUGAGAAUAUUUUUAUUAAAACAAUUUUAUAGAUGUCUGUUGGAAAUACUGCAAUCAGAUUGUAAAUAUGAUUAUUAUAAGAGGCCCAUCUGUGUACCCAUGUUGUCAGCUACAGAUAUGUUUGGCUGUCAUUUCCUGGGUUGAAGGAUUCCUUUCACGGUUUGUUGUUUAUCCUCUGUAAAAGCCUUCUAUACAAAUAAAGAGCUCUUUUGAGAUGUGUGACCAUUUCUAAA